ACAUAUCCUAUCAACAACCCCAAACCUCUUCAUCCCAGAUAUAGCCAUAUCGAUAUUAUUCUGAGGGGUUGCUCUAAUUGUUCCUAUUCUUGUCGCUCACUUAUUCUCACCCAUUGAUACCCCCGCCAUGUCGUCAACCGCCCUCAUCCACGACGACGAAGCUCUCGAGCCCACCCUCCAAUCCAUCCUCGACCAAAAGACCCUCCGAUGGAUCUUCGUAGGCGGCAAAGGUGGUGUCGGUAAAACAACCACCUCCUGCUCUCUCGCAAUCCAGCUUUCCAAAGUCCGCAAAUCGGUCUUGCUCAUUUCGACGGAUCCCGCGCACAAUCUUAGCGAUGCCUUUGGGCAAAAGUUUGGCAAGGAGGCGCGUUUGGUCGAUGGAUUUACGAAUUUGAGUGCCAUGGAGAUAGAUCCGAAUGGUAGUAUUCAGGAUUUGUUGGCUUCUGGGGGAGAGGCGCAGGAUGAUCCGUUAGCUGGACUCGGGAUGGGGGGCAUGAUGCAGGAUUUGGCUUUUAGUAUCCCUGGCGUUGAUGAAGCCAUGUCAUUUGCCGAGGUGCUGAAACAAGUGAAAUCCCUAUCAUACGAAGUGAUUGUCUUCGACACGGCGCCUACAGGCCACACCCUUCGUUUCUUACAGUUCCCAACCGUGCUUGAAAAGGCAUUAGCAAAGCUCUCUCAACUCUCGGGCCAAUUCGGGCCUAUGCUAAACUCAAUCUUGGGCUCGCGCGGUGGAUUACCAGGCGGACAGAAUCUGGACGACUUGAUGUCAAAGAUGGAAUCGCUCCGUGAAACGAUCAGUGAAGUCAAUACGCAGUUUAAAAACGCCGACAUGACUACAUUCGUCUGUGUCUGCAUUGCCGAGUUCUUGUCGUUGUAUGAGACGGAACGAAUGAUUCAAGAACUGACGGGUUAUUCGAUUGAUACACACGCUAUCGUGGUCAAUCAGCUGUUGUUCCCUAAGAAGGACAACCCUUGCGAGCAAUGCAAUGCGCGAAGGAAGAUGCAGAAGAAGUAUCUAGAGCAGAUUGAGGAGUUGUACGAGGACUUUAAUGUCGUGAGGAUGCCUUUACUGGUGGAGGAGGUGCGAGGGAAGGAGAAGCUGGAAAAGUUCAGUGAAAUGUUGGUGAAGCCCUAUGUUCCGCCGGAGUAGGCCUUGGGCAUUGUGCUUGACGGUUGAGUAUGAGUGAUGAAAAUAGAUAAUAAUGAGACAUUCCUCAAGUUCUGAAUUAUAUCUC